CGGAAUAGUAGGGCUAAAUUCCCGCAACGCAACUAUUAUAACCCGAUCUCAGCAGUACAAUGUUAUGAUUUGAUUUUAACGUUAUAAAGUGUAGGGAGUGACGAUUUGCUUAGUUGGAAUGGAUCGUAGUGGUUUAAUUAACCAGGAAUUAAAAGAUGUCCAAAAAACACUGCUUUCUAAAGUGGAAGGUUGUGAAAUUAUAGGAUGCCAUCAAAAUUUGGUUUCUAUAAAAAUAACGAAAACCCCGCACAGAGUAUUGACUGUGUGCAUACAAUUCCCUCAAAAUUAUCCCGAUGAUAUAUUGCUGGUGGAAUUUAAAAGCAAAGUUAUGUCACCAGCGUUAGUGAAUCAUAUCGGACAAAUAUGUGACAAUGAACUCAAGAAACGUGUAGGAGAUAAGCAGGUGAUGAUUCUUUUAAAAUUUGUUCGGAAAUUUUUAGACGACAAUCCGUUACUUCCCUGUCGUGAUGAACUAACCAAGGUUAAAAAAGAACUUCUGGAGGAAGACAUCGACAUAAUGAAAAUGAAACAAAAACAAGGAACAAUAAGUAUUGCUGUGUGUAAAGAAAAUUAUCGUUUAAAGUUCACUGUUUCUGUACCUGAUGAAUAUCCAACAAAAUCUAUUGAAAUGACGAUGAAUGAAAACAACUUUCCUGCAGUGAUGGCGUAUUAUUUCAUAUCCCAAGCUAGAGAAUUUGCACGACAAGCCGUUGAACCUCCAUUAAAGAAAAACCCAAAGGCCCCACCAUUUCAACCAAGUCCUCAUGUUUUUAAAGUCAUGAAGUUUCUUAUAUCAUGUGGGAAGCGUUAUCCUGUAGAAAACUGCCCACUUUGUGGAAAACAAACUUUACCAAACAAUCCAUCAGAAGUUGUCUCUGAUAUGAAGGGAGAUAAUUAUGCUGAAAGAAUUUACUGCGGACAUUUAUUUCACCACGGAUGUUUAGACAAAUACAUGAAGACACCUCCGUUUGAGGAUGGAAAGAAAUGUCCAAACUGCAAGCAGAGAAUCUACCACGACAAAUGGAACAUAUCGCCCCGACUUGCAGAGGCCAGGUGGGCGCAUAAAGAAGCUCGGCAGCGAGAAUUAGACGAAGUGGUGGAUUUUCUUUCAUAGUAUUGGUUACGUGAGCAUUUAAAUUCACAUCAUAUGCACAAAUUUCAUGAUAUUUGCUACAGAGUGUGGCUUUUGUUGUUGUUAACAUAAAAUGCACAAGUUUCAGCGAUAGCUUAAGUUUUUUUUAUAUUUGUAGGUAAUGCAAACGUAUAGGUUAAUUGUCUUAUGGUAUAAAACUGGUCAUAACCUGAAAACUUUGUGUUUGUGGCAUACCAAAUAUUAAGAAACUGGCUAACCAUUCUGUAUUAGAAAAGGUUUGUAGUUUAUCCUAGCCAGUAACAUAACAUGACACCAUAUGCGUAAUGUUGUGGCAACUUGUGGGUGACUUGUUGGAUGUUACCCGUACUUUUACAUCUGAAAUAAAUGACCCAAACUAUAUUGCAUUUACCACAUUAAUCAAUGUGGUUCGCUAUGUUUGACAACUAUAGGUGUAACUGCAUUUUAGCAAGUUCACCUAGGAUUUUGUCCAGACUUUAAAAACGAUACAGCCACAGCAGUCAAAGAGCUUAAAACCCAUGUUAGAGCAUGUUGAAUUAAUUCUGGUCAACACUUAACAAUGAACAUUCGAUUAAAUCAUCAUAUAUCAUAAAACUGCCUAGCACAAGCUGCUUGGCCUCCCUCUUGAUAUUCCUCCAACGUCAACCAAUGUUCACGAAUCUCGUUAGUUUUCGACCAAUGCAAUCCCCCCUCACAUGAAUAUGUUAUCGGGCUGUAAAGUAUAUUGUGUUUAAUGUUUCGGAUAAUGGUUUGUUUGUUCUUAAGCAAUAUACAUCUGAAGAUU